CACAAUUUGUGUGCAAUGUUCUGUGUCCAGAGGCAAUCCCUUCUGACAAUUAAUCCCAUCAUUUUUGGUGAGUUCAGAGAAUCCCUGCUGCAUCAUCCAGGAGCUGUGGGCAGUAGCAGGGUGUGCUCUGGAGGAGCCACCAACUCCUGGGAGAGUAAAUCCCUGUUAUUCCUCCUGCACAGGCUGGUGUCAUCCACGGGAGCCAAGGUGGAUCCCAGCAGGCUCCUCCAGGCUUUGGGAAGUCAUCCCCUCUUCCCCAAGGCUCAAUUCUGUGUGCUCAGCAAAUUCCCAGAUUUACACAGCAAGCCUGGGGCAGAGGAGAUGUGGGCCAUCGUUGCUGUCAUGGUGCUGUUCUCUGACAGCGUUGGUGACAUCCAGAGGCUCCUGCGGUGUUUCCAGAGCCCCCGCUCGGAGCUGGCCCUGCUGGAGGUCACCGAGGUGCUCCACUGCAUGGCCACGCUGCUCUUGGCCAUGAGGAACAAGAGCAUUCCCAUCUCCAACAGGAUUCACUACAAUAUUUUCUACUGCUUGUAUCUGAUGGAAAAUGCCUCUGGAAUUGUGCAGCCUCUGGAAGAGGGAAGAAUGGAUUUGUGUCCCAGUGGAUGGGCUGAUGUCAGAUUGACCCAUGAACAGCAGAGGAUUUUGAGUCACAAAAUUGAGCCUGGCCAAACAGUGAAAAUCAUGGCAUUUGCAGGCACAGGGAAAACCUCGACCUUGGUGAAGUACGCAGAGAAAUUCUCAGAGCUGAAAUUCCUUUACCUGGCUUUUAACAAAGCUGUGGCAGAGAAGGGGAAACAGGUUUUCCCAAGGAAUGUCACCUGCAAGACCUUCCACUCCCUGGCCUUUGGAAGCGUUGGGAGACACUACAAAGAGAGAGGCAAGCUGAACUUCUCCAAGAUGUCCGUGUAUUCCAUCAGCUUCCUGCUCCAGAACAGGGAGGGCCAAUCCCUGUUUGUAAGAGGGAAAACAGUCUCCCAAACCUUGGAGAACUUCUUCUCCUCCUCAGAUGAGGAGAUCUGUGAGGAGCACGUGCCCCUGUGGUUCAAAAACACUCACGGGCAGAUGCAGCAAGUGAGCCCACAGGAAAAGAGAAUCAACGUGGAAGAGGCCAAAGGGAUUUGGCACAACAUGAAGAAGCUGGAUGGAGACACAGAGAAGAAAUACAAGAUGACUUGUGAUGGAUAUUUGAAACUUUGGCAGCUCAGCAAGCCCCAGAUCUCAGGAUACGAUGCCAUUUUUGUGGAUGAAGCCCAGGAUUGCACUCCAGCAAUCGUGGAUAUCGUGCAAUCCCAAAACUGUGGGAAGAUCCUGGUGGGAGACCCUCACCAGCAGAUCUACACCUUCCGAGGGGCCGUCAACACCCUGUACCUGGUGCCUCACAGCCACAUGUACUACCUGACCCAGAGUUUCAGGUUCGGCCCCGAGAUCGCCUACGUGGGAGCCACGAUCCUGGAGGUGUGCAAAGGGAUCCGCAGCAGAACCCUGCUGGGGGGAGAGCACCGGGGUGAGCGGGGCUGGGAAUGCCAGAGAUCCCCAGGGAUUCCCCAGGGAUUCCCAGGGAUUCAGGCGGGAACCGUUCAGUAAUUCCUGCUCCUAAAUUAGAGUAUGGGUUCAUUCAGUCUGUAAUCAAUGUCAGGUCAUGUCAUGCCAUGCGUGAGAAAUACAUGAAAAAUACAUUGAAAAUACACGAAAAAUACACUGAAAAAUACACUGAAAAUACACUGAAAAUACACGAAAAAUACACUGAAAAAUGCAUGAAAAAUACACUGAAAAAUACACGGAAAAUACACGAAAAAUACACUGAAAAUACACUGAAAAUACUCUGAAAAUACACUGAAAAAUACACAGAAAAUACACUGAAAAUACACGGAAAAAUACACUGAAAAUACACGGAAAAUACACGGAAAAUACAGGGAAAAUACACGGAAAAUACAG